AGGAUGACGAAAAUUUGAUUCCACAAGCAGCAAACGCGUAUUGUUCUCAAAGAGACCGAAAUAGACGGCCCACAAUAUAUACAUAUAUAUAUAUGUGUGUGUAUAAGUUGGAGGUCAUCACAAAAUUCCAACCCAUAUUUCACGCUCCCUUUCCCCAUCUUUUCUUCCUUGAAACCCUAGAUCUUGAUAAACAACUCCCCCUCUGCAAUCAACUUUUUCAUCAGGAAAGCCUCUAACCAGUUAGAUCUCUAUCUAUUUCUCUCUCUCAGAUCAUCCUCUUCUCCUUUCUGGUCUUUCGUUACGCCUGAAGGUCGAGGACCGUGCCUGCUGCUUGCGAUCCGAUUAAGUUUCAACUGAUUAUCUAAAAGAGGACGCGGAUGGGAAUUGAACGGGGAUGGUUUACUAUGACGAGUUAGCAGGAACUAUUUUGUAGGAGGGUUUGUUAAGAUAUUCGGCAAAAGUUUAGAUAGAAAGGAGCCAGGGGAUGUUAUCUGCUACACUAUUGAGAAAUAAGCAGAAAGUGAUAGAUUUACCAUAUUUUUCUGGUUAAUUCACUUGAGAGAAACUUUUUGCUCAAGAAAGCUGGACUUACAAACUGACAAGACUUUGGUAUUUGGAGGUUACGAAAUGACACGUUUUAAUUUGAGAGUGGUAAGUCAAACAUAGCUCUAUUUCAAUGUCGUGAAGUGCUAAUUAACCUGAUUUUACAGCUCAAAAGUGUUGCGCGGUUGGAGAAACAGUCUUAGUUACUCAGUUCUACAGUGCAAAAAACAGCCUGAAAAUGAAGAGAGAAGAUAUCAUAAGUGAGGGUUAGACAGAUUCUGUUGGCUGACAAAUUACCUGGAGUAAGUGAAUGAACCAAACCCAAAGCAAUUCCUGCCAUCACCACGCAAACACCAUGUUCGUUUCUCUUUGAUGGUAUAUCUUCCUGCUUGCCCCCACCAUAUCUUUUGUUCUUCAUUGCCUGUUCAAUCUAUAAAUUUGGAUGCUCCUGAAGAAUCUUUUUCAUCGAGGAAGAAUUAUGGUUCUCCAGCACCUUAGAGAAUCAUUGCUUCCAUUCUUCCUUUGCAAAGCAGUCAAUUAUUCAUUGCAAACCAAUUCUUCCAACUGGGUUCACCAUAACCAAUUGUUUCAGAGGCACCAAAGAUUGCAACUCCUCGAAGAACAAUGCAACAGAACAUUUUCUAAUCUCAAACAACUUCUUUCAUAUGUUUUUGUUUCGGGUCUUCACAGGAAUCCAUUCGUCAUGAGCCGUCUUUUGUAUUUGAGUUUGAUUGAAUUGAGAGGAAGCAAUGGGACGGAAAAAUUGGAGUUUGGAGUUGAAAUAUUUAAUCAAAUUGGACAACCAAAUCUUUUCUCUUGGAAUACAAUGAUCAGGUUCUUUGCAGUGUUUGAUCCUGUGAUUGCUUUGAAUUAUUAUAAACAAAUGCUUAGCCGGGAAAUGGUUCCUGAUAGAUAUACAUUUCCAUUCGUGCUCCAGGCAUGUGGGGCUGGUCUUGAUCUGGGUUCCGUAAAACAAGUUCAUUGUCAUAUUGUGAAAUUGGUACUUGAUCAUGAUUUGUUUGUACAAAAUUCUCUUCUUAAUGCCUACAUCAUCUGCUGUUCAGAUGCAGAUGCAUGGUCGGUGUUUAAUGAAAUGCCUGAGAAAGAUAUUGUUUCAUGGACAAGUUUAAUUUCAGGGCUUGUCUCGCAAUGUAGUUACUGUGAUGCCCUUUAUUUAUUCAAAACGUUAUUGUCUGAUGAUUGUCAACCACAGCCUAAUGUUGUUACAGUCGUCUCUACAAUGUCUGCUUGUGCUAGUUUAGGUUCUAUGGACCUUACCAAAUGCUUUCAUGCAUUACUUGACAAGGCUGGAUGGCUUGAGUUUGAUGUUUCCGUUGUUAAUUCACUAAUAGACGCCUAUGCAAAAUGUGGAGAUUUGUGCUGUGCUAGAAAAGUGUUCGAAGACAUUGAAAAUAUUCUUUCGGCAUGUGCACAUUCUGGACUGGUUGAAGAAGGUUUAUACAUUUUUGAGUUGAUGAGUACAAAAUAUGGGAUUCAGCCUGAUCUUCGGCAUUACGGAUGCAUUGUUGACAUUUUAGCAAGAGCUGGGAUGGUUUAUCGAGCUUAUAAUAUUGUUGAAAACAUGCCGAUGGAACCUAAUCUGGCUGUAUUGGGAUCUUUACUAAGUGGUUGUAGGCUUCACAAUAACUUGGAGUUUGGUGAAGCUGUUUUGAGAAAGAUUGAGUUAUUGAAAGAUAGAGGUGGUGGAGCUCCUGUCCUUUUAUCUAAUAUGUAUGCAGAUGAGAACCAAUGGAGUAAAGUCAUACACUUAAGGAAAGAAAUGCGAGUACUGGUGCAGGGGAAACCCCCUGGUAGAAGCUGGAUUUAGGUCAAGGAUGCAGUCAAUGACUUGCAACUAGGAAUGAAACUGAUUGACAAGCUAUGGAGCUGGAUAUGGUUCUUGAAGGACUUGGAGAACUUUUUAGAC